CUAGCGCCGCCACUGUUUAAAGGUUCGUAAACAAAGAAGAGUUACCCUAGUAGCUACUAUUCAAUGGUGCAGUAAGAAAAAAAACAAGCACAAAAAAAAGAAAACAAAAGAAUGGAAAACAAAAAAAGAGUAUAAGGACCUGUCGCAAAACGGGGAUUAAAAAAAAUUAAAAAGAAAAUGGUGCAAUAAGUUCAAGUGAUAUUUCUUAUGAGUGGUCGCCUUCAGUUUUAUAUAGGUACUUUCAAAAGUUAUAGGCGAUAUGUUGUCAAUCGUAAUACUGUGUGUUACUUCUGCUCGGCUAGUAUCGGCCACAGCGACUACGGCACAAUCGCCCACAUGCGAACGGGCACCAGCGCACGCGCAGCCAGCCGAUGCAUUUUACCGCCUUGGAAUAGCCGGCGAACCUGAUCUCUAUUUACCUGGAGAACUUUAUACUGUGUCUUUACAAGGCGUUGACAGCGGCCAAGGGCCCACACCUUUUGUAGGGUUCACGAUUUGGGCUGAAAAAGAUGAAGAGUCUGUGAAAAUUGAUGUCGUCAACUCAUCGGCUAUCAAUCAAAGUUUAGGCGCCUUCCAGUCAUACGAUGCUCAGACGAAACCACACGAUUUCUGCAUGCCCGCUGUGGAUAAUGCUACUGGUCAUCCCAAGACUGACAUACAGAUAAUCUGGAGCGCGCCCCUCCGCACGUCCGAGGCUUGCCUGCGAUUGUGCGCUCGCGCCGCUCCCGUGGGUGGGGGCAAUGGUACAGUGCUUGCGCGCAAGAUUUGCGCUGCGCCUGUCGCCCCCGCCUCCUUCGCACGGCAGCCGCCUAUUAUUGAGCCCUGCUGCGCUUGCGACGAGGCUAAGUACGAAGUUACUUUCGAAGGCCUGUGGUCUCGUAACACGCACCCGCGCGAUUUCCCGCCGGAGUCUGCGCAGGCACACUUCGGUGACGUCAUCGGUGCGUCCCACACAGCUCAGUACAGGGUGUGGCAAGAAGGCAGAGUGGCCAGCGCCGGCCUGAGGCGUUUAGCUGAAGACGGUACCACUACUGCACUCGAAAAGGAGCUCAAAUCAGAAAGCGACCACAUCCGCACGAUAAUAAAAGCUCGUGGCAUAUCGUGGCAGCAAGUCGCCGGUUUCGGCACUCCAAAUACUUUCGCCGUUUUUAGGGUCGACGCCAGGAACCAUCUGGUUUCGUUAGCCUCAAAACUUUCGCCGUCACCGGACUGGAUUGUGGGUGUAUCGGCGUUAGAGCUUUGUAAUGCCAACUGCACGUGGUCGCAUUCGGCUACGCUGCCGUUGUAUCCUUAUGAUGCUGGCACCAAUAGCGGUAUCACGUAUAUGUCUCGUCGUCAACCGACUUUACCUCCAGCGCCGGUGCGAGCUUUACGCCCGGACUGGCCCAAAGAUCCGCGUUCGCCUUUCUUCAGCGCCAAUGGAGAAAUGCGUCCCUUUGCCAGGCUGCGGCUCACUCGAUUACAGCUCUUCGAGAAGAAUUGCGAUGCGGCGAAGAGCGGGGCCGAGGCGGGUGUGCAGCAGGCGGGCGACACGGGCGCAGGUGGCGCGGGUGCUGGCGGGGGCGGGGGCGGAGCUUGCGCGACGUACGCUUGGGGCGCGUGGAGCGCAUGCAGCGUGUCGUGCGGCGAGGGGCGCGCUUCUAGGCAGCGUCAUUACGUGUGGCCGCUGCGAGCGCAUGCGGAGGCGUGCCGCGUGCCACUCACGGACUACACCACGUGCCACGGCCCAAGGCAACACUGCAGAGCGCCAUCUGACUUCGAGCCUCCCGCGGCUUCGUCGACGGGUCCUUGCGCGUUAUCCGCUUGGUCGGCGUGGUCUCCUUGCGAGGGGUGCGGAGUGCGCGCGCGCACGCGUCAUUACCUCGCACCGCGCGCGCACAAACGAUGCCAUCUCGGGUACCGAGCGCGUGCCAUCACCAGUCAGGCGAUGCCGUGCGAAAAUGGACCUUGCGAGAAACCCGCUAAAUAUGUAAACGCAACCAACCACGAUUGGUUCUUUGUGGAUCAGCCUAGUUGGCCAUGUAAAGUGACACCGUGGGGCGAUUGGUCGCCCUGUUCAUCGCGUUGCGGGCGCGGUCGGCGUUUGCGAACCCGCCUGUACCUAGUGCAGGAUGCGCGCGCGCAGCCAGAAAUGUCGCGCAGGUUGCUACAACAGUGGAACAAGAGGUUCGCCGAACUACAGAAGCUGGAUUUCCCCUCAGAAAACCUGACGACCUCGAAGGAAGGAAACGAUCCUGAAAUAGAGAAACUGGUACAGGAACAAAUUGACAAGUGCCAGUUCACUCUUUCCUUGCAGGAGGCCCUGUGUGACGGCGAUGAUAACUUGUGUGUGGAUACUGAAAAGACACAGGAGGUGUGCAAGUUAUCAAUGGUAGUGGGCCAUUGUCGUGGAUACGAAGAGCGCUGGUUCUACGAUAUGUCUCGCAGCACUUGCGAGCCCUUCGGCUUCACCGGUUGCGGCGGAAACGGAAACAACUUCCGCACCAGGGAACAAUGUCACAGCCUCUGUGGGAACCUUACGGCUUCGAACACUACCUCCAACGCAUCGGAUAAUGCUUCCGUUGUGCAGUCGGAUGUCGCCGUGAAGAAGUUGAAGCCAACUCCUCCUGUCGAAGACAACGAAGUCUUGCAAAAUGAUGACCCGGCACAAGGUGAGGGUGUUAAGUGUGAAUUGAGUCCAUGGCUGGGAUGGAGCGAAUGCUUCGGUGAAUGCGACUUUGGAGUUAAACUCAACUAUCGCUUAAUAAAGAACAAAUCAUUUAAAUCGGGAAGCGAGUGCAAGAAGUUGGUGAAGAGUCGCAGUUGCAAACCAGUGCAUUGCCGACGACUCCUUACCAAGGCUAUAAAUUCUUCCGUCAACCAUACUAGAACAUAAGUUAUAUGUUAUUAAGUUAGAAGUUAUUAUUUUUUCAUAAAUUUUAUCGACCGC